AUGUCCUCAUUGAAGCGAAAGCGAAGCACAUCGCCUUCUGGUAGUGCAGCAGCAGCAGCACCACCACCACCACCACCACCACAAUCAUUGAUGAUGUCGUCCGAGUAUGCGCGUAUGACUGACAACUCAUCGGCUCAUGACGACCUGGAGAGGGAUAGGAUCGCUAUGUUGAAUGACAAGGUCUUUACGGCACUGUCACGUCCACCAGAGGCCUAUGGGAACAUAGAUGCACUCGCUGUUUUGCUGCAACGCAUUGUGAAAAACUCGCCGUCGCUCAAUCGCAAUUACCUUGACGUGGAAAACGCGACCCGCCUCAUAGAAAAACAUCCCGACCUGGAGGUGUUGCUGCGGGAGGCUGUCAAAACGAGGAAUUGCGAGCCCGUCAUUGCCUCACAACUCGCAACGGCUGCGGCGUGGAAGGGGGAGCUGCGGGGCACUUCACACAAACUGCUGCUCAAAAUUCUGGAUGAGAUGAAUAGCAAACGGGGCAGGGGUGUAUAUACCAAUUAUGUGGCCAUGGUCCAGAGUUCUGGUAUGAGCGAGUCGCGAAUGAUGUACGAAUGCUCAAAGCUGUGCCUCGGGCCCGGUUUCAACCUUCUGCACGAUAAUGCAGCGAACGGUGGUGCAUAUCCCAAGCCGAACAAAGAAGUUCGUGACUACCUCCUGCUAAAUGUGCGUGCUGUUGCCCCUAGGAACUUGCCCUCCGAGUACAUGUUGCGCUAUACGGCGCUGUUUGCAGCUCUCUUCCAGGAGAUGAAGAAUGAGCUAGACACGGUCAAAUUCAAGGAAUCAGCUACGAACCUCACGCGGGAGGACGUCGGAUGGCAAUGGCAUGAACAUCUACAAAUGAGGUCGACAGAGUCAAGUGAUCAAUCAAGGCGAAACGAUCUGUACAAGAGAGUGGUGAAGCUCAACCUGAAGGCACUCCUCGGGGACAACUACGAGUCGGUUGUGCAGAACUCGCGUGCUGACAAUGCCGUUAACAGUGCGACGUUCGACGAGACAUUCCAUAACUCGUUCAUGCGCUUCACCCACUUCGUCCGAUCGUCGCACGACUUUCAUCCGACGUCGGAGCACGCAUGGAUUAUGUUCGCCCGAGGAGCCGCCGUCAUCACGUCGCACAACUAUCCCAAGCUAGAUGUGUGGGUGCCUGUGCUACAAUGGGAAGAGAAGCUGAAUGAGAAUGUUAUGACUGCCAUGUUCUUGGAAAUCCAAAACCGGGCAAGUGAAGUCACUGUGUCAUUCAACGCAGACGAGGAAGGGUUCUUCGUGUCGGAGGACGGAGCCAACAAACCAAGAAGCUACAUCACGCUGGUCAUGCAACUUGACCUGUACAGGCCAACCAACAAUCGACGUACCAUAAAUGCGCAGACAUCAGUGCCCUCGACGCUGUCUAACGUCCCAGUUGGUCAAGGACCAUCGCGUAUGAUGCACGGAAGAGGACGGCAUCGGUUCUCCAUUGUCGUUAAAGGGUGUUCACCGUCCGUUUAUGGUGUCGUGGAGGAGCAGAACAAGGAUGCCUUCAAGUCCUUGCUGGAGGUGCGGGAUGUCAUUUCAGAACAUCCCCGGCCAGAUGCGCGGGAUGCGAUCCUCCAACUCAAGCCUUUCUUUGGGCCCAAGAAAGCAUCUCUUGGGUGGGUGGAAGACGCAAAAUAUGAUGAUGACGUAAACGCAGGGGAGGCGCUUGACCCCGACGUUGUCUUAGUCGGACAGGGGGCGGUGUCACAACUGGAGAGUUAG